GUGCUAUUCUGCCUAGCCAGCGACGAUGUGGAGGAGGUUAAACGAGAAAUUGAAAAGAAUACUGGAUAUGACACGAGUUCCGAAUGCGUUAGCGGUCACAUUAAUGUUCUGAAGUGGAAGAGUUUAGCUGCAGUAAUUUACAUAACUUUGCCAGCUACCCCAAUCUAUAUCGCCAUUCUUAUUCUCAGAAAACUAACCAUUUCGAGGUUACACUCUAUGACGAGCAUGUCCGUGCAAACACGUCUGCUCCACUCACAGUUGCUCAAGGCUCUCGUCAUCCAGGCUUGUCUGCCCAUCGUAUUCGUGGUUGCCGUUAUAUUCUACUUAACUGGUCAACUGAACAUCUACCAUCAUCCAUUUUUCGAAUACAACAUCGCUACUAUAUUCGGACUGCUUCCAGUACUUAGUCCCCUUACGUCGCUUUACACCAUUCGUCCGUAUCGCCAAUGGAUAGACACUACAUUUCUACACUCGACUAAGGUCUCAUCUUUGCAGAGGUGCAACAAUGUUGAGACUGUAUGCCGUUCAGAAGUGACAGGAUCCUUGAAUAGACCUGCGUCGCGGUGCAGUCAAUAA